AUGGAGAAGCAAGCCAGACUCUCUGGGCAAAUUUCUCGUACUCACGACAAUAUCAAAAAGCUCGGUCAAGCAAAUAUAACUCAAGGAGUACUUGAAGCCCGACUUCAGGCACUCGAAGAAAAAUGGAGACAAUUCCAAAAUGAUCACGAUAAAAUUGAAAAUGGAGCAUCAAGCGACGACAUGAAAAUGAGGUACUUUACAGAAGAUUUUUUCUCAACAACGGAAGAAAUUUAUCUCACGCAAAAAGGAAAGUUAUUGGACUAUCUUCGUGUAUUUGUUGACAGACCUCCCGAAGUUGCAAGAGAUGACCCCAUUCCAAUAGUACGACAAUCACUGCCAAAAAUCAAUAUCCCAAAAUUCUCGGGAGACUUUACCGAAUGGCUAAACUUUCGCGAUCUCUUCAAGUCUAUGGUGAUUGACGCACCGUUGUCGCCAAUAGAGCGAAUGCACUAUCUAAAAACUAAUCUAACAAAGGAAGCCUCUUCCCUAAUUGCUUCAGUGCCUUCCCUUGCUGACAAUUUUGAAGUCGCGUGGCAGCUUCUUUCCUCUAGAUAUGACAAAACUCGCUUAUUAACCAAUGCUCAAAUUGCUAGCCUUUUCUCACUCCCAGCUAUGACCUCGGAGUCCUCCUCGGAUCUGAAGGUCCUCUACAACGGAACCUCCAAUGCACUCGGUGCAUUGAGGGCAUUAGGACGCCCCGUUGACAAUUGCGACGAUUUUAUCGUGUAUAUGACAGUGCAAAAGUUAGAUAAGCAAUCUCGGCGCGAGUGGGAAGCCUCUGUCGGAGCAAAAAAGGAACCAUCUACUUUCAAGGAACUGCAAUCCUUUCUCGAGAAUCGCAUUUGCUCCAUCGAGGCCCUCGAAGGAGCGACAAAACCUCGCGAAAGCUCAGCAUCUACGAAAACCGCACCCUCAAGCGCUGUUCGUAACUCGAAAAAACCAUCCAGCUCGUCGCCUCAUCAGGGAGUCAAAUCUCACGUAUCAAACACACUCUCGUGA